GUAGGUGGCCGUAACUCCAAUUCAGCUCGAAACUUGCUUCCAUCGGUCGUCGCUCACAGUCACAGAUCACUAGAACCCCUGUCAAGGGUUUUUCUUCUCCGACCUCAUAAUCAAUCACACAGAAACAACAUUCUUCUCAAACCAGGCGUACUGAUCCACCAAUUCAUAGAAUUUGGAUUGGAUUUUCUUUUUGUAGUGCUUUCUGAGUCAAACUAGAAGAUCUACAUGAGGAUUAGGGUUUUAGGGGUCUGUUUGCUGCUCUAUGUUUGCGUAUCAUUGAGUUUCAGUCAUGGCGUUUCUGAGGAAACAAAGAAGAAUAAGUUUCGAGAACGAGAAGCCUCCGACGAUGCCCUCGGUUAUCCCCACUUGGAUGAGGACGAGUUGCUGAAUACACAAUGUCCUCAGCAUUUGGAGCUCAGAUGGCAGACAGAAGUUAGUUCUAGCAUCUAUGCAACCCCCUUGAUUGCUGAUAUUAACAGUGAUGGAAAGCUUGAUAUAGUAGUCCCCUCGUUCCUUCAUUAUCUGGAAGUUCUAGAAGGUUCUGAUGGUGAUAAAAUGCCAGGGUGGCCUGCUUUUCAUCAGUCAACUGUUCAUGCCAGUCCUUUACUAUAUGACAUUGACAAGGAUGGUGUGAGAGAAAUAGCAUUAGCUACCUACAAUGGUGAGGUGCUUUUCUUCAGGGUUUCAGGCUACAUGAUGUCAGAUAAGCUUGAGGUUCCUCGGUUGAAAGUUAAGAAGGACUGGUAUGUGGGUUUGCAUCCGGACCCAGUGGAUCGUACUCAUCCAGAUGUUCAGGAUGAUUUAAUCGUUCAGGAGGCAAUUAUGAACUCAAUACCUCACAGUAAUGGAAGUACAAGUGGCGCAAACACAUUGCAUUCUACAACAACAGAAGUUCAUCCCAACCCAUCAAACACUUCACAGUCUGUGCCAGCAGAAGUUCACCUUGACACAGCAAAUGCAUCCAAUGUAGAGAAUCAGGGGAAAAAGAAUGAUAGUAAGUUAGAAGCAGGAAUUAAGCUACCAGAGAAGAUGGAUAACACUUCUAUGGGCUCUCAGUCAGAGGACUCCAGCAAAUCAGGCAAUGGAACAAACACUGGAAGAAGGCUUCUUGAAGUUAAUGCCUCAAAAGGGUUGGAGGGGGGUGGUUCUGGAUCCACUGCUAACAAUAAUGAGGAGUCUCAUGCUGCAACUGUGGAAAAUGAUGGUGAUCUGGAAGCAGAUGCUGCUGCAUCUUUUGAGUUAUUCCGUGAUGGUGAUGAGCUGGCUGAUGAGUAUAAUUAUGAUUAUGAUGAUUAUGUUGAUGAAUCUAUGUGGGGAGAUGAGGGGUGGACUGAAGCACAGCAUGAGAAAUUGGAGGAUUACGUGAAUAUUGACUCACACAUUUUGUGCACCCCUAUCAUAGCAGACAUUGAUAAUGAUGGGGUAGCAGAGAUGGUUGUUGCUGUGUCUUACUUCUUUGAUCAUGAGUAUUACGACAAUCCAGAGCAUUCAAAGGAACUUGGUGGUAUUGAGAUUGGAAAAUAUGUUGCUGGUGGUAUUGUUGUUUUCAAUCUCGACACAAAGCAAGUUAAGUGGACUGCACAGCUGGAUUUAAGUACGGAUACUGGGAACUUUCGCGCUUACAUAUAUUCUUCUCCAACAGUUGUUGAUUUGGAUGGCGAUGGGAAUUUGGACAUUCUUGUUGGAACUUCUUAUGGCUUAUUUUAUGUUUUGGAUCACAAGGGCAAGGUGAGGGAGAAGUUUCCUCUUGAAAUGGCUGAAAUUCAAGGAGCCGUAGUUGCAGCUGAUAUCAAUGACGAUGGCAAAAUUGAGUUAGUGACUACUGAUACACAUGGAAAUGUUGCUGCAUGGACUGCACAAGGAAAAGAAAUUUGGGAAGCUCAUGUUAAGAGUCUUGUUCCACAGGGUCCCAGUAUCGGUGAUGUGGAUGGGGAUGGCCAUACUGAUGUUGUUGUUCCAACACUAUCAGGGAAUAUACAUGUUCUCAGUGGCAAGGAUGGAUCACUUGUACGUCCAUAUCCUUACAGAACUCACGGCAGAGUGAUGAAUCAAGUUCUUCUUGUUGAUUUGAGCAAACGAGGGGAGAAAAAGAAGGGACUCACUAUUGUUACGACAUCAUUUGAUGGUUAUUUGUAUCUUAUAGAUGGACCUACAUCAUGUGCUGAUGUCGUGGAUAUUGGCGAAACUUCAUAUAGCAUGGUAUUAGCAGACAAUGUAGAUGGCGGAGAUGAUCUUGAUCUUAUUGUGACAACCAUGAAUGGCAAUGUCUUCUGUUUCUCAACUCCUGCUCCACAUCAUCCCCUCAAGGCAUGGAGAUCAUCUAAUCAGGGAAGAAACAAUGUGGCAAACCGUUUCAAACGUGAAGGGGUCUAUGUAACACCUGCAUCAAGAGCUUUCCGUGAUGAAGAAGGCAAGAGUUUCUGGGUUGAGAUAGAGAUUAUAGACAAACAUAGGUUUCCAUCUGGGUCUCAAGGACCUUAUAAUGUCACGACAACCUUGUUAGUGCCUGGUAAUUACCAAGGGGAGAGAAUGAUUAAGCAAAACCAGAUCUUUGAGAGUGCAGGAAAACAUCGGAUUAAGCUUCCAACCGUGGGGGUAAGGACCACAGGGACCGUCUUGGUGGAAAUGGUUGACAAGAACGGACUCUAUUUCUCAGAUGAUUUCUCGCUUACAUUCCAUAUGCAUUACUACAAAUUGUUGAAGUGGCUUAUCGUCCUUCCAAUGCUUGGGAUGUUUGGCGUGCUUGUCAUCCUUCGUCCACAAGAGGCCAGGCCAUUGCCGUCAUUUUCAAGAAACACCGACUUGUGAUCCACAUUUGCCAGAGUUCUUAUAAUGCAGACAGUUUUCGUUGCCCCGAUGGCUCAGCACCUGAAACAUCCAAGGGCCUGAAAUUGGGUUGCUGGUGAAAGACACUGUUGACUGUGUUUGAAACGAUCUCACAUCAGCAUAUACCGUGGUAUAUUCAAAGAUUUGUUGCCUGAAACAAGUUUGAGUUAGAUUUUUUAGGAUAGAAAGUUAAUUUGUAACAUUUUGGGUUCAGAAUUAUUUGUUGAUCACCAUCAUCCCUGUCCUGUCUGAUGCAAUUUCGCUUUUGAUUCUUUGUGAAGCAUCUUCCGAGGACAGCACUGGCUUUUUUCUUUUUCUUUAUUUUUGAAGAAAUAGGUAUUUACAGACCUUUUUUUUUUUUUUUUGGGGGGG